GCUCGAAUUCGAAUGGUCGGACACUGCGGGAGCUGUCGAUGAUGAACACCAGUGGAGGCGAUGAGCAGAGAUUGUGAGGACGAAUCGAUACUCUUUCUCUCUCCAGCGGGGGAUCCCACUCACCUGAUCCGGGCUGAGAGCACUGAAACCCGGCAGGAGAUCCGCGUGGAGUCGGGGCGAGGAACUGAUGGCAGCAACAGCAGGAGCACCUUUCCACAGGAGGGUUCGUGGCACAGGUCUGGCAAUGUGACCAGGGACAUUAUCCGUCACUAUCUCCAGCAUCGGGCUGACCAGACUGUACUCAUACUACACGCUAAGGUGGCUCAGAAAUCAUACGGGAAUGAAAAGAGGUUUUUCUGCCCACCGCCAUGUGUGUACUUGACAGGACCUGGAUGGGGAGUGAAGCAGGAGCAGCUGAGAGUGAAUGGGCUGAGUGAAUCAAGCUACAAACUUGGGGGGUAUAUGGGGCUGGACAGUGCGGGCAACAGCCAGGGAGACGCACUGAAAAUCAACUUUGAAGAACGGCCAGACUCCACAAGAUUCGGCUGUGCCAAAGCUCUCUACAUAUCCGAUGUUGACAAACGAAAACACUUUCAGAUCGUCUUGAAACUCUUGCUUGGGAACGGGCAGGAGGUGGGGACCUUUUACAGUAAACUGAUUAAAGUCAUCUCGAAACCUUCCCAGAAGAAGCAAUCCAUAAAGAAUGCCGACUUGUGUAUCUCCUCGGGUUCGAAGGUGGCACUGUUUAAUCGCCUGCGCUCUCAGACAGUCAGCACCAGGUACCUGUUUGUGGAUGGAGACGUGUUUGUGGCCAGUGCCAGGCAGUGGGCAGCAUUCACACUGCACCUGGUGGAUGAAAGAUCCCAGAAGGGUGAAUUCCGACCUCAGGAAAGCUACAUCCGGUACGGCUCAGCCGUCCAGCUCAUCUGUACCGUUUCCGGAGUCUCACUGCCAACCAUGGUCAUUCGGAAGGUGAACAAGCAGUACGCGGUGCUUGAUGUGGACGAGCCUGUCUCCCAGCUACACAAAUGCGCCUUCCACAUCAAGGACACCCAGGGCAUGUACCUGUGUCUCUCCAACGAGAGGAUCGUGCAGUUCCAGGCGACCCCCUGCUCGAAGGAAGCCAACAAGGAGAUGCUAAGUGACGGAGCUUGCUGGACUAUCAUUGGUACGGAGACAGUGGAGUACACAUUCAGUGAGAGCCUGACCCAGACUCACAAUCCCGUCACCCCCAUCCCCAUCAUCAGCAGCCUCGAGUUGAAUGGAGGAGGAGAUGUGGCCAUGCUGGACAUACAAGGUGAAAACUUCAACCCCCACCUGAAGGCCUGGCUUGGUGAUGUCGAGGCAGAAACAAUGUACAGGAAUCCCAAGUCGAUGGUGUGUGUGGUUCCGGAUGUGUGUGCGUACAGUCACCAGUGGAGGUGGCUCCGUUGCCCCAUCACUGUCCCUCUCUUCCUGAUGAGGAGUGAUGGCAUCAUCUUCUGCAGCCCCUUCUCCUUCACCUACACACCCGAGCAGAGCUCCUGCCCCCAGCAGAGGGCCGUGCGGGAGAUCCCUCAGGAUUCCGACAGCUUCCUCAACACAAUCCAUCAGGAAUUCACUCGAUCCAACUUCCACCUCUUCAUGCAGAGCUAG